AAAGCUGCUUGGCUUGGCUUGGCUUUGGCUUUGGCUUGGACAGUUGGACUCUUUCUUUCUUUCUUUCCUUCUUUCUUUCUGAUGAAGGUGACAUGAAAUAAAUGGAUGAAACCUGCUGCUGCCCACAUAGCGGUGCCGUCCGAUCGCCGUCUUUGUUGAAGCAGAUCACUUUUUCUGAACCCGGAUCCCGCUUCUGAUCCUACUGCAAUACCCCAUAAAGCUAGUGACAAAGAGGUGAUAUCAACCUUUUCUCUGAAGUUCUUCCAAAAAUGGCUCCAAGCACAAUAAGGAAGGCUAUUGGGGCGGUGAAAGAUCAAACUAGUAUAAGCCUGGCUAAGGUGGCUGGCAAUGUUGCUCCUGACCUCGAAGUCUUGAUUGUGAAGGCAACAUCUCAUGAUAACGAACCGGCUGAUGAGAAAUAUAUCAGGGAGAUACUGAAUUUGAUGGCUUAUUCCAGAGGAUAUGUCAAUGCUUGUGUUUAUGCUAUUUCAAAACGGUUGAGUAAAACCCACGAUUGGAUUGUUGCACUAAAGGCCUUAAUGCUCGUGCAUAGGUUGUUGACCGAUGGGGAUGUUGUUUUUGGACAAGAGAUCAUGUAUGCAAGCCGUAGAGGUAUGAGGGUUUUGAAUAUGUCAGAUUUUCGUGAUGAAGCUCACUCCAAUUCAUGGGAUCACUCGGGGUUUGUCAGGACUUAUGCAUCAUAUUUGGACCAGAAGCUUGAUUUUAUGGUCUAUGAGAGGAAAUUGAAUGGUGGCGAGGAGAAAAAGAGGUAUGAUGAUGGAUAUGGAGAGUUUCGGGAUGAACCUAGUUAUGGGAUGGAGAGAAGAACUAGGUCCUAUGAUGAUUUGAAUGACGAUGCCUCAGGGCGAGGGGAGAAAAAAGUUGUGACACCACUUAGGCAGAUGAAACCGGAGAGGAUUCUGGAGAGGUUGAAUCAGUUGCUUCGGCUUCUUGAUCGUUUUUUGGCUUGUAAGCCAACUGGUGCUGCAAAGAGCAGUAGGAUGGUGCUUGUAGCACUCUACCUUGUUGUCAAGGAGAGCUUUAGGCUUUAUGCUGAUACAUGUGAGGUCUUGGGGGUUGUGUUGGAUCGAUUUACAGAGAUGGAAUAUGCUGAUUGUGUGAAAGCUUUUGAUGCGUAUGUUAAUGCAGCCAAGAUGAUUGAUGAACUUGUGGCAGUCUAUAAUUGGAGCAAGGAUAUAGGGGUGGCACGGUCAUCAGAGUUUCCAGAGGUACAGAGGAUCUCUGAUAAGCUUUUGGGGACACUGGAGGGCUUUUUACGGGAGAGGGCAAAUAGACCAAAGGUCUCUGAGAAAAGCACAGAAGAAAGUACAUCAGCAGUAAAAGAGGAAGAAGUUCCAGGAAUGAAUGAAAUAAAAGCAUUACCUCCGCCAGAGAAUUUCACUCCACCCCCACCGCAGAGCCAGCCCCAGCCCAAGCUUCAAACUCAGCAGGUAACUGGAGACUUGGUGAAUUUGAAGGACGAUGGAGUCUCAGCUGAUGAGCAGGGAAACAAAUUGGCAUUGGCUUUGUUUUCUGGGGCUCCCGCUGCAAAUACAAAUGGCUCAUGGGAAGCGUUUCCAUCUGAUGGAGAACCUGAAAUAACUUCAGCAUGGCAUACACCGGCAGCUGAGAGUGGGAGAGAAAACUGGGAAUUAGCACUGGCAGAAUCUGCCAGUAAUCUGUCAAAACAAAAGGCUGAUUUAGCGGGUGGAUUUGACUCGCUAUUGUUAAAUGGAAUGUAUGAUCAAGGGGCAGUGAGGCAGCAUGUGAACAGUACUCAGCUGAGUGGUGGGAGCGCAAGUAGUGUAGCACUGCCUGGAAUCAGCCAAAAUUCUACACCAGUUCUAGCAUUACCUGCUCCAGAUGGGACGGUAACACCAGUUGGACAACAAGACCCAUUUGCAGCAUCUUUAUACGUGCUGCCUCCCGCAUACGUUCAGAUAGCAGACAUGGAGAAGAAACAACAAUUGCUCAUGCAGGAGCAGCAGCUCUGGCAGCAAUAUGCUAGCAACGGGAUGCAAGGCCAAAUGGGUUUGACCAAAAUUGCUGGCACGGCAGGUUAUUAUGGUGCUGGUAUCCAACCUUACGGACAGCCCCAGGUCAGUGGCAUGGGACAGCCUGGAGGAUACUACUAUGCUCCUUUCUAAAUUGGGACUAGAUAUUUCAUAUUCGUGCCACAAUGCAAAAUAAAAAUGAUGUUACACUGCAUAUUCCUUCUAUUUUUAAGUUUUUAUUGGCCUAAUCUGAUAGCGCUGAUAUAUUUGUUUCUGAGCAGUCAACUAUUUUGCUAAUGAGAAGCAGUGCUGCUUUUGUAUGCGAUACUUUUUCGCAAUGAUCCACCUCUAUUCUUGGCCCAUGGAUCUGCCUCCUUUUACUUCCAGUAGAUUUCAAACAGGCAAUCAAUAUAAUUGUUCUUGGUCAAUGGCACUUUUA